GCUGGUAUAGACGCCGUUCGCGAACUCCAACUCCCCCGUAGACUGGACGAUUGGUCUUCGAGUUCCUCCCAAUGCACAUCGCAUUCUGCUCCUCAGCCACUCGAUGGAACAGUAUCCACACUGCUCGUCAAUUAUCCUGGAAUGUCGCCCAAGAAAGCGCACGAAGUCGGUCGGAUGACAUCCUACACGUCGUCCCUCCUCUCAUCCGAAGGGAUGUCGCGGAUAACGCACGUCGUCGAUGUUGGUGCGGGACAGGGACAUCUCUCUCGUGCUUUACAGUCGCUUGGGUUGCACGUUCUUGCGCUCGAUGCGAGCGCACAUCAAACGGCAGGCGCGGAGAAGUGGCAGAAAGGUCGACGCACGUUGAACAAGAACGGGAAAGCGCAACUGCCUGCCGUCGUCAACGCGGAACCGUCGCCCUCGGGCACGAUUACGCGCAAGACCGUACAUAUAACUCCCGAGACCUUGAUCUCUGCCGUCGAUGAAUGGGCUAAUUCUGUUUCCACGGAGGGCGAGCCGCCUUCGGUUCUCUUCAUGGGUCUUCACGCGUGCGGGUCGCUCACGCCCGACAUCCUGCGCGCCCUGCUUGCAUCUUCUGACUCAUCGCGGCAAGAUUGGCCACGUCCGUGGAAGGCAGCAGGCGCCGUCGUCGUCGGGUGCUGCUACAACCUCAUGUCGCCUUCUGACUUUCCGCUCUCAAACAUACUCCGGAAACAGGGCGCGCCGGGGCUGGGUCCGAACCACCUCCAGCUCGCUGUCCAGGUCCCGCAGCACUGGGCCGGCGCCGAGCUGUCGAUGCGACGCGUUGUAUGGCGUGCGCUGCUCGUGCGCGAGAUGAUCCGGCGGGGUAUCUCCAGCGCGCCCGUGCAUUCCUCGUCGCCCACGCCAACCUCCGAAGCCCAAACGACGGCACCAAAACGCUCUCUGGGCGGAGCUCCCAUCCUCCGCGACGACGCGCAGCCCGAAUCGUCCCGCGGCCUCAAAUACGGUGGGGCGGAAGUACCGGGAUGGCGUGACGGCGAUAUCAACGGUCGUCGGCGCCUUGGUAAGCUGCAUGAGACGGCAUACGCGAGUUGGGAGACGUAUUUGAGAGCGGCGGGCGAGAAGAUGGGUGUGGACUUGACACGCCCUGUGGAUGACGAGACGGAAGUUGGUGAAAAGGAUGAAGUGAAGGAAAGGGUGGCACUUGAGCGGAGACUGGAGGUGUUCCAGGUACUGCGAUGCGUGUUGGGACCGGCCAUCGAGAGCACUAUCAUCCUCGAUCGCCUGAUGUGGCUCCGCGAGUCACUCGAUGCCUCGCCAUCCUCCGGCAGCAGCGAUAUUGGUCGGCCGCGCUUGCAGGCGCGUCGCGUGAACUUGUUCGACCAGGCGACGGGGAGCGGGCGCAACGUUGCGUUGGUUCUAUCUCCUGUCCUUGCGCCCGUAUAGCCCUUCUCUAUCACGCAUAUGUUGUUUGAUCUGGAGCUAUUGGCUCGGAAAU